AUGGCAGACACCAUGAACAUCAAUAUGAAUAUGAACACCCUCGAUAUGAAUACGAACAUGAACUCCGACGCGUUCGACUGGACCGACUGGUCGUUUCUAGACCGCGGGUUCUUCAAGAACAUCGAGGUGGAUCUGCAGCGGGCAAUGGAGACGAAGGACCUGUGCGAGACGAAGCCGAGUCAACCUUUGAAUGAUCAAUAUGGAUAUGAUGGAUACUAUUUGGACUAUGAGAAUGUGAACACGAACACGAACCCGAGUUCAAACGAGAGUUAUACCUCAAACGAGACUUAUACCUCAAACGAGAGCUAUCCCUCACAUUCGAACUAUACCUCACAUUCGAACUAUACCUCAAAUCCAAAAUAUACCUCGAAUCCAAACUAUACCAACGUGAAGUCGAAUGCGCUGACCCCCCUCGAGAUGCCGGAUGGAUCGACUCGCCUGACGACGAACUGGUUACCGGUGGACGAGGUGGGAUUUACCAUACAGACCAAGGAAGUUGUAUAA